CUGAAGGAGGGAUCCGAGCGGGGGAGUGAGAUAAUCAGUGCGUCCCCGCUGAUCUUCUCUUGUUUUGAGGUGUUGUUGUUGUUGUUCCGGACGUGUUGGAGGACAGAGAUGCGCCAGAUGGAGUUUCUAAAUCCUCGAGGCGCAGUGAACGACCCGUCAGAGGGAUCCUUCCCACUGAAUAAUGCGAUGCCGUGCGAGGCCAUCGGACAACAACGCUAAUACCGAUUAAAGGCAAACGAAUAGGAAAUCCGGACAACAACGGGCUCUUUGCGGAGAGGACGCAAACACCACCCUCAGUAUGUAAACAUGCAUGGGUGACAAAUGCAGAGAAAAAUAAGAUCUAUAGCCAAGAGUCUGAAAACUAAAUCAUGUAUUGGUGAUCACACAACCGAGAUGGAGCAAUAAUAGUUGACAUGUUGGAAUUUUCUGGUUGUGAAUUUGGGAAAUAAUUACUAGAGAAGAAAUAAAAACCCUGAAAUCUCCAAAUCAGGGAAGACACACAAUGUUUUCACUUUUAAAAAAAUCUUUAAUUUGAAUGACUCAUCUAUUGCUCAUAACAAAAUACAAGUGACAGCUAAAAUAAUUAUGUCAUGUUUGUUCUUCCAGAAAUAGGCCUAUGUCUGCACACUGUCACUAUACUUUAGGGUUUUGCAGUGUCUGCGCUGAGCUGUGUUUAAAAUGUGCUGUGUCUGUACCCAGAGAUGUUCAUAACAAUCCUGUUUACUGCAAACAUCACUGGGAUGAUGUUAUCGUGUUGUGCACGAUCCUGUAAACACUUUACUUGCAUUUUGAAUCGACCGCGGUCACGUGAUCCGCCGCUUCGAACCCCAGACACAUCUUUUGAAUGACUCCUGCUGCGUUCAAGUACCGCUCGAUCAUUUAAAAAUCGUGUAAAUCGUAACACCAUCAAGCUCUGUGGUGCCAUAUGUCACCGAUUGAACACAUUACUGUGUUACGCAGGACUGUCAGAAACCCACAUAGUUCAUAGUAAGUCAGAAUCGACUUUGUCUAAAUAAAUAUAAAACGUUUUUAUAUAAUAUAUAUAAUCAAAAAAACAUCACUUCAGUUUCAAUGUAAUUGCUGUAAAUAGACAAAGUACAUUCUGAUUGCUAGUGAAUGAAACCUAGAGUACAAAUGUAUUUAUCAUUAAUUUCCAUUAAGUGUUUUUGCACUGCUGAAUCUAUUUUUCGACUGAUCUGUUCGUAUCCUCUCUAAUGUGCCUUGACUCAUGUUGUGUACUUAUAUGUCCCAUGACUACUUAAUAUGUUUGACUACAUAUAUGUUGAGGGUGUUACUUAUAUGUUGGGUGUGUUACUCAUAUGUUGGGUGUGUUACUUGGUGUGGUACGCAUAUGUUGAGUGUGUCACUCAUAUAUUGAGCGUCUUACUCAUGUGUUGAGCGUGUUACUCAUAUGUUGGAUGUGUUACUCAUAUGUUAAGUGGGCUGCUCAUAUGUUGAGUGUGUUACUUGGUGUGUUACUUAUAUGUUGAGUAUGUUACUUGGUGUGUUGUUCAGAUGUUGAGUGUGUCACUUGCUGUGUUACUCAUAUGUUGAGUGUUACUCACAUGUGGAGAUAAUUAAUACGCUGAUAAUAAUGCCUCAAAAGUGACCAAUCUUAAUCGAAUUGUUUGUAGUGGUAAUAAUAAUUUAAAAACCGUUUCAAGUUAUUUAUAAUAAUUAUAAUAAUACUAUUAAUAGUAAUCCAACAAAGACAUAUCAAACAUGUUAUUGAUAUGAUAAGUGAUUAAUCAUAGGUCGCUCGCAGUAAAUUACAGCCGUCAGUGAAGGGCUCUCAGCGGAGUUUCCCGUGAAGGCAGCGCCGUGACGUCAGGUGCAGUGGUAUCGGAGCCUAAUGGCGAUGAGGACCCGCAGAGCUCAGGCGGCGGAGCUCAGUCAAACCUGGACUGGGUUUGAUUAAACACUCAAAGGAACCGAUGCGAAGGACACGGACUGUUAUACCGACGUAAAAUGGAGGAUAGCUUUGAUUGUGACUGUGGCGAGCUGGAGCCACCCGAUCAUUGAGGGUGUGUAAACUGACUCUGAAGACUUAGAAGGCCAGACUCAUUUCAGUUCUAUAGAUCAGGAGACUACACAGGAAGAUCACACUCAUAAGAAUAGAGAAACUAAUUUAGUGGAGGGAAAUAAACGGUGCAUUUAAGGCACAUUUCACACCAUGCUGCUCAGGACCAGUCAUACACUGAAUGUAUUUGCACUGUGAGGAUGCAACUACGAGCUUUUAUAGUUUAACAUAGUCUCGGUGCUUUUUUUAAAAUUUUGCCUCAAAGUCCAUUCCAUUGCAGUUUAGAAACACUAGUCUACACAAGAAACUGCUCAUUUAAAGAUAUCUACAUAUCUCCUUUUUAUAAUUUCUCCCCGUAUUGAAGAUGGAAGGAAAGUUUCACUACACUUUAGUGCCCCACAUCUGACAGUGACGGCCAGAUAGGGGUGGGGGGGGGGACUCGGCAGCCAUCUGUACAAGGGUCGGUUAGCUAAGCCACUGAAGUAGCAGGGGAAUUGUCCAAUAAAUUCCUGCGCUGGUGUUAAAGUUGGAACUUGAAGCAGGCCGGAGACCAAAAGGGUUAGUGAUAUCACACACUUGGUGUGUCAGCCCAAAUAGUCAUCAUGGCAGAGAAGUUUGAGUCGCUGAUGAACAUCCACGGCUUUGACCUGGGCUCCCGCUACAUGGACUUGAAGCCUCUGGGCUACGGGGGGAACGGCCUUGUGUUCUCUGCAGUCGACACGGACUGUGACAAGCGUGUGGCUGUGAAGAAGAUUAUCCUGACCGACCCCCAGAGUGUGAAGCAUGCCCUGCGGGAAAUCAAGAUCAUCAGACGCCUGGACCACGACAACAUUGUCAAGGUGUUUGAGACACUGGGCCCCAAUGGCCGCAGGCUUACGGAGGACGUGGUGUCCCUGACAGAGGUGAACUCCGUCUACAUUGUGCAAGAGUACAUGGAGACUGACCUGUGUCAGCUGCUGGAAAGGGGCCUUCUGUCGGAGGGCCACGCCAGGCUCUUCAUGUACCAGCUUCUCAGAGGCCUUAAGUACAUCCACUCUGCCAAUGUGCUGCACCGUGACCUCAAGCCUGCCAACCUGUUCGUCAACACCGAAGACUUGGUACUGAAGAUUGGGGACUUUGGGCUGGCCCGCAUCAUGGACCCCCAUUACUCUCACAAGGGUCAUCUCUCUGAAGGUCUGGUCACCAAGUGGUACAGAUCUCCUCGCCUGCUGCUCUCUCCAAACAACUACACCAAAGCCAUCGACAUGUGGGCGGCUGGCUGCAUAUUUGCUGAGAUGCUCACAGGGAAAACCCUCUUUGCAGGAGCCCACGAACUUGAGCAGAUGCAGCUGAUCCUGGAGUCCAUCCCUGUGCUGCGGGAGGAAGACCGGCAGGAGCUCCACAGUGUCAUCCCCGUGUUCAUCCGCAGCGACAUGUCCAACCCUCACAAGCCACUGGCCAAGCUGCUGCCUGACGUCAGUCCACAGGCCCUCGAUUUCCUGGAGAAAAUCCUGACCUUUAACCCUAUGGAUCGUCUGACUGCGGAGGAGGCCCUUGCACACCCUUAUAUGGUCGACUACUCCUUCCCCCUGGAUGAACCUGUAUCUCUGCACCCGUUCCACAUUGAGGAUGAAGUAGAUGAUAUCCUGCUCAUGGACCAGAGCCACAGCCACACCUGGGACAGGUAUCAUGAGAGCCAGCUGUCAGAGGCUGACUGGCACUUGCACAGCACCCAUGACCCAGAAGAAGUUCAGGUCGACCCCAGGGCCCUCUCUGAUGUAACAGAUGAAGAGGAGGUCCAGGUUGAUCCUCGUAAAUAUGCGGAUGGAGAUCGGGAGAAGUUCCUGGAUGAGCCGUCCUACGACUACUCCAGUGCGUUCCCGCCAGAGAGAUCCUGGCAGGACGACCACCACGAGAACAAAUACUGUGACUUGCAGUGUAGCCACACCUGUAACUACAAGGCGGUGUCCCCCUCCUACCUGGAUAACCUGAUCUGGAGGGACAGUGAAGUCAACCACUACUAUGAGCCCAAACUCAUCAUCGACCUCUCCAACUGGAAAGAGCAGCAGAGCAAGGAGAAGGCGGACCGUAAGGCUAGGAGCAAGUGCGAGAAGAACGGGUUGGUUAAGGCCCAGAUCGCACUGCAGGAGGCCGAGAAGACCCAGAGUCCGGUGGAGAAGGACAGUGAGCAGGAGAAACACCAGACGGAUAAACCUCAAAGCCAGCAGAACCAAGGCUUUGACUUUGACUCCUUUAUUGCCAGCACCAUCAAACUGAGCCUGCAGCCCGAGCCCUGUCAGGAGGUGGCCCUGCUCAGUGAAGUGGGUCUACUGAACGAGCUCAACACUUCCGUCUCUCUGCUGGAGGCCCCCCGCUCAGGCUCCAUGUCCAAGUCCAUAAGUCAGGAGAAGGAGGAGAAGUGCCUGGUAAACCUGGCCCAGUUGGGAGGAGGAGGUUCAGGAGUAGUCUGCGGGGACGGACCCAGGCCUUCUCAACCCUGGGAGAGCUUCGGGUCUGGGGAGAGGGUGCAGGAGAACGGCUGUUUGAUCGAUGAAGCGUGCUGGGACAUUCGAAAUGAGGACCACUUCCAGAAGGAGAGCACUUACACCAGCUACCUGGACCGCUUGUUCAGCCGGAAGGAAGAGGUGGUCGGUGACACUGUGGCCGGCCCAGAGACGGAGCCCUCGGAGGGGAGAGACCUGGACGAGAGCUUCCUCGGCAGGAGCACAGAGAUAGUGUUUAACAUGCAGCUGGACUCUCUGGCCCUGCCCGGCUUUGACGGCACCGAUGACUUGCCUCUGAAAUCCAUCCAGGCGUCCCUCACCCCCUGCGCUGUCAAAUGCUCCCCACAGAUUGCCCACAAAACGUACAGCAGCAUCUUUAAGCAUCUUAAUUAAAGAAAUAUAUCCUUCCUCACAGUGCAAAAUCUAGACCGUUUUGUUCUUAUGUUUUUUAAUAAUAUGGUAUAUUAUUGUACUUGAAUCAUUUCAUACCUUUUUUUAAUUAUGGUUACUUUUUAAUAAUUUUUAGUUCUUUUUUUCUUUUUUCUUUUUUUUUUUUUUUUAAGAGUUGAGGGGUGAUUUAUUAUAUUUAAAGAGUUUCUGGUCAUCACUCUGAGCCUUGACCACCAGGCCUUCAUGGGUUAACGUCCACACCCUCAUUGCUAAACUGGCAAGUCACUAGCACACUCAAGUACUGUAGAUGAACAGAGCAGGAGAGAAGUCAAGUAGAAGGAGGGAGGAGAGGAUUUAAGAAACGAGGUUCGGAUGUAACACAAAGAAGGAUGCUAGACGUUAACGUUGCUGUAGGCUUUUCAAGUGCUUUCAAACAACCUCUCCUGGAAUUGGACUCGCACGGGGGGGAAAGGUGGAUGAGGUGUCUUUCUUUUUUUCUAUUUCACUUUUGACUUUAUACCAUUUCCCCCAAAGAAAAGCUUCCUUAUUAAAUCCUUUCAUACUGUAAAUCUGACACAUGAUGCCAGCAGCAACCAUUAUCGUAGGCGUUAAUGUAAAUGUGUUAUCUACCUCAAGGUAACAGCCGCGAGAGACACUCGAAGCCGCACUAGUGCUUUACACACAUGACCAUCCUCAUGCCAUGAAAUGAAGUGGUCGCGUAGAUGAAAUCUGUCUCACUUAAGCAUUUAACAUAGUGAGGUGUUUCAGUAAUCAUUAUUUAUUUCUAGCAGAUGUGCGAUAUUUAUUUUAUCAAAAAAGACGUGUUGUUUCAAUGUGAUUAUUGGAGAUUGAAGAGUUGGACAGACUUCCAUUUUCAUUUCGGCACUAUAUGGGCGUGCAAGUGUUCCUUUCUGUUUUAUGGUAGGAUGCAAAUUCAUCUUUGGUUCUAAAAAGAGGUCGAGGCUUUCUGUUUUCCAUCAAUUUUGUCCCAAUGGAAAUCAUUCUAUCUGUUCAUUAUUUGUUUUAUUUAAAGGUGCGUUCUGUUUUAGUGGAAAAACUGCUUUAUGGUUUCAAGAAGCGCCUAAAAGUCUUAAUUUUUUUAUCUCAAUGUAAUGUAAAAAAAAAUGCGUGCAUGGAAGCAAGAGAAAGGUACAUUAAAAGUAAAGUUAAUGGUGAGUAUAAUGUACAUCAGUUUUAAUUGUACGUUUUUUGUUAAAUUUCUAUGUACUUUUUCCAGGCAAGCAUGAUGAAUUAGGUUAAGGUGUAGCAUGUAGGACACUUAUGGACUUUUUUUUGUAAUCAUUGGUUCCCCUGUUCUACAAAAUAUCUCAAAAUAAAAAUUACUGGCAAAGA